UCGUGUGGGGGUCACUUACAAAUAUGACCCACGUUUCUCUUUCAUAUCUUUAGUCCCUCUUUUUCUCUUCUCUCCCCUCUCCUUACUAAAACCCAGCCCAACCCUUCACUCCUCUCAUUUUCACUCAGCUCCUACUAUAUAUGUACACACACUCCCCUCCCUCCAAGUUAUUUCUCAUUACAUUGCAUCACUCACCACUCAACACCCAAUCAAACCUUCAACACACAUAACACGCAUACUCACUCACACAACCACUGUCCUUUCAAAAUACUCAACCACGUAAGCAAACAAACGCAAUGACUGAGCUACCUGGCUCAGAAUCAUCCUCCUCUGCUUCCACUCGCAAGCACUCGUCUCCCGAGGCCCAUUUGGCAGGUCCGGAUCACAAAAAGCCCAAGCAGGCCCGAGAUAGCAGCAGCAAGCACCCCGUUUACAGAGGAGUCCGAAUGCGGGCCUGGGGAAAGUGGGUAUCCGAAAUCCGCGAGCCAAGGAAGAAGAACCGGAUCUGGCUCGGCACCUUCGCCACUGCUGAGAUGGCAGCGCGUGCUCACGACGUUGCGGCGCUCGCCAUCAAAGGCAACUCCGCCAUUCUCAACUUCCCCGAGCUCGCCGGCUCCCUGCCGCGGCCCGACUCCAACUCGCCGCGGGAUGUUCAGGUGGCGGCGGCAAAGGCCGCCGCCAUGGAGGUGAUGGAUCCCCCGACGACUCCAUCGUGGACGCUGUCGCAGUCGUCUUCGUCGUCCUCGGGCGAGACGUCGACGGCGGAUGAGCUGGGAGAGAUAGUGGAGCUGCCGAGUCUGGGGACGAGUUUGGAAAUACCGGAGCGGAGUGAGGAGGUGGUGUUCGUGGAGCCGGUGGGCGGGUGGCUGUAUUCUGAGGCGUGGUGUGACGGCAUUUAUGGUGAUAGGGAGUGUGGGGGUUAUUUUAUUGGAGAUGAGAUUUCAAUGCAGGAGUCAGAGAGCAUGAUUCUUUGUGGCUUUGAGGGUUCCUUGUGGCAGCAUUAAUGUGUGGGAACUGCUUUCCUUUUUUUGUCCCAUUCAUUUCAUUUGACUUGGAAUGUGUGAGCCCUUUCCCAAUUUUUCACUUUAAGGGCUACACACAUUUCUUGUCCCUCGACAAGGACGAUGGAUGGACCUACUAUUUCUACUGCCA